AAAAAAAUCGCGUAUUCAUCGUCCUCCUUUUUUCCCCCAGAACCUUCUCUCUCUCCUCUCUCUAUCUCUCUCUCUCAUGGAUUUGUAUGGUAUAAUUGAUAUUUCAACAAUGGAGUCAAUUUCUAAACCCUCAUCUUCCCCACAAUAAAUCCUCUUUCACCUCUCCACACACACCAAUCACACACUCCACAAUCAAUAAUCAUGAAGCCGAUUCAGCCGCCACCAACCGCCAGCCGGAAUCUCAACCGUCCACGCCGCCGCCCUGACCUAACCCUACCCUUACCACAACGCGAGCCACAAAUUGCAGUUCCGUUACCUCUUCCACCGUCAUCCGCACCUACAAACGCCUCUCAACACCUCUCAAACUCCAAACAACAACCGCAACAACCGUUUAACCUCUCCGAUUUCGACCGGAUGAACCGAAUCGGCAGCGGCAGCGGCGGCACCGUCUACAAAGUCAUCCACCGCCCCACCGGACGGUUAUUCGCACUAAAAGUCAUCUACGGUAACCACGAGGACGACGUCCGCCGUCAGAUCUGCCGCGAAAUCGAGAUCCUCCGUGAUGUUGAUAACCUAAACAUCGUGAAGUGUCACGAUAUGUUCGAUCAAGCCGGUGAGAUCCAGGUUUUGCUUGAGUAUAUGGACGGUGGAUCUCUAGAAGGUACACAUAUCUCUCAUGAAGCUUCGUUAGCGGAUCUCACUCGUCAGGUGCUUUCCGGCAUCUAUUACCUUCACCGGAGGAAGAUCGUUCACCGCGAUAUUAAACCGUCGAAUCUGUUAAUCAAUUCGAAAAAGCAAGUGAAAAUCGCCGAUUUCGGUGUUUCGAGAAUAUUAGCGCAAACGAUGGAUCCGUGUAACAGUUCUGUAGGUACGAUUGCGUACAUGAGUCCUGAACGGAUUAAUACAGAUCUAAAUCACGGAAAAUACGACGGUUACGCCGGAGAUAUUUGGAGUUUCGGUGUGAGUAUUUUGGAGUUUUACUUAGGGCGGUUUCCGUUUGCUGUUGGUAGACAAGGCGAUUGGGCGAGUUUGAUGUGUGCGAUUUGUAUGUCACAGCCACCGGAAGCUCCGGCGACGGCGUCACGUGAUUUUCGUCAUUUCAUUUCGUGUUGUUUGCAGCGAGAUCCGGCGCGGCGGUGGACGGCGGCGCAGCUGCUACAACAUCGGUUUGUUACUGGUGGUUCUGGUAACCAUACAAGCAAUAAUCAGGUGCAUCCGACUCAUCAGUUACUUCCUCCACCUCCUCGUCCUCAUUUUUCUUCGUGAUAUUUCUCGUUUUUAUUGUAAUUUUGUCAUGAUUUACUUGUGUUAUGAACAUUAUCAGACGAUGAUUUGAAUGGAAGAACUAGCAAUUUGUCUGUGAAUUCC